AUGACCGAUCCGCUCGACCUGGCCAUCUGUGCCACCUGCGGCACACAAUACUCGACCGCAACACCUCCCCCAACCUGCACCAUCUGCGACGACCCUCGCCAAUACGUCCCUCCCACCGGAAAUGAACAAAUACAACUAACAACCAAUACCACCACACAGCCAAACCUGGACCACCCUCCGCACCCUCCAAACCCCUACCCCCACUCCCGACACCACAACCACCACCCACUACACCAACACAAUCACGCCCUCCCCAACCAACCCCAAAUCCUCACCCUCCACACAACCCCCAAACUCGCCAUCGGCCAACGCGCCUUCCUCCUACUCACCCCCCACGGCAACAUCCUCUGGGACUGUCUCACCUACCUCGACGACCCCACCAUCUCCCACAUAACCUCCCUAGGCGGUAUCUCCGCAAUCAUCAUCUCCCAUCCGCAUUACUAUACCACGCAUCUAGUCUGGGCUGAGGCGUUUAAUUGCCCCGUGUAUUUGUCGGCGGAGGAUAGGGAGUGGGUUAUGCGGAGUGAUGAUAGUGGUAGGCAAGUCUUCUGGGCGGAGAAGGAGAUGGAAGUUGUGAGGGGGUCUGGGGUGAGGGGGAUUAAAACUGGGGGACAUUUUCCAGGGAGUUCGGUGUUGUGGUGGGCUGGGGAGAUGAUGGGAGAAGGGAAGGGGAAGGGGAAGGGGGUGUUGUUGUUGGCGGAUACGAUUGGGACGGGGUGGAGUGAGGAAAGAGGGGAUGGGAUCAUGGGUCAGGGUAGGAUCACGUAUACGUUUAUGUGGAGUUUUCCGAAUAUGAUUCCGCUCCCUCCAGAUGAUGUGCAUAAUAUUUGGAAGGCGCUCAAACAUAUCGAGUUUGGCCAGGCGUAUGGGGCAUUUGUGGGCAUGGAUACCGCGGGAAACUGCAAGCAACGACUAUUGGACAGCGCAAAGAUCUUCGUCAAGGCGAUGGGAUACUUGGACCAUGCGAUUCACGAGGAAGAAUGUUCCUGAUCUAACACAUUGCAUUUGGCUAGCUGCAUUGCUCUGAAGCAUUUACACCCAGCAUGAACAUCA